CACCCACACCCACACCCACACCCACACCCACACCCACACCUUCCCACACCCACACCCGCAUCCCAAUUUUCUGUCAAGGUGAAAAAAACCUUUUGCAAAGCGUAGCGUUCCGCAUUGAGCCAAGUCAAGGUGAUGGUGAUGAUACCUCAGUAAAUGAUAGUCGUUUUACAUGUACGGAUGGAAAAGAAAUUCAAGCAUUAAACGGUGCUCCCUGUGGUACUUGGAGAUCAGGAGCUGAAUGCCCACCAGCAAUUGCAAUUUGUGGACUUCAAAUAAGAUUUGAGCGGAGCCUAGGUAAGGGUGAUGAUACAGCAAUUAAUGGUGCUGAAUUCAUGUGCUACUCAACAUGA